GCUGCCAUGUAGAGGCACCUUUACGUCAUGCACUGUCUGUGCCUGUGUUCUGUGUCUGCGCAAGUGUAGUUUACCGAGGAUCAAUUGCAGGUGACGAUUUUUCACAAUGAUAACUUCACGGGGGUUGAAUUUAUUAAGAAUUGCCUAUAGAGGUAAUCAAAACAAAGUUCCUGCGACAAAUUUACGAUCCGUUAGAUUAAGUCACAAUGGAUGGUCAUAUCGUGAAAUCCCACCAGUAGAAAAGAAAUGGGUAUAUGCAGCUGAAGCUAUAGGAGGCGUAUUGUGGUGGUGGGUAUUAUGGCAUUUAUGGCAUGAUUUCGGUCACAUUGUUGGAGAGGUUCCAUAUCCGGAUCCUUCUAAAUGGACGGAUGAAGAAUUAGGUAUACCACCAGAUGAUUAUGAAGAGCCUGUGACUCGUAUAUAGAUAGUUUCACAUGUAAUAUAUGAAGGUAUACUAUUUAUCUUUAUAUCUAAAAUAGGAGAUUGCAAAAUUUUAUUAGAAUAAAAUUAUAAUAUUA